GAGCCGAACUGUUAUGGAGACCCCAUCACACUGCAGUUCGCUGUUACUGAGAGAAGAUGAGCACACGGAUACUGAAAUCCAACCCUGCCAUGAAACUAAUAGUGCUCUUCACGGCUUCUUUCUCGUGGGCCUUUCAGGAGCAACCCGUGCCACCAAAGUACCAGUACAGAGAUCCAGUGACAUCUCAGGUCCAUUCUUGUGACCAGUGUCCCCCCGGUACAUCCGUCAAACGACACUGCACCGCUGACACGCCAACCGAAUGCCAGCCCUGUCCUGAGAGGCAUUUUGCUGAGAACUGGCACUGGGGGGAUACGUGUCAGUACUGUACCUCAGUGUGUAAGGAGAGACAGCUAGUGAAACAGCAGUGCAACAGUACGCAUGACCAGCUCUGUGAAUGUGUACCUGGAUACCAUCUAGUGGUGGAAUUCUGCAUUGCACACAGUACCUGUCAGCCUGGAUACGGAGUCACAGUAUUGGGUACACCUGAAAGUGACACCGUGUGUGAACGCUGUCUGGAUGGUUAUUUCUCUGUCGGCGGCUCCUCCACGUGUCAGCCGCACAGACUCUGUGCUGAUUUUGGCAUGAAGACUCUGCGAUGGGGAACAUCCACUUCAGACAGCCUGUGUGGCUCUCCUGACAUCAAGGACUGCUCCCAGCAUCACACUCUGUGCCAUAAUGAUGCAACUCUGUGUGAAGAAGCAGUUUUCCAGUCUCUGGCAUCGCUGCGACUGUCCUCGGUGCCUCUGGAGCGAAUCCUCGAGAAUCUCCCUGGACAGAAGGUUGAUCUCAAGAGCCUGGAGAGGCUGAAGAAGGCGUGCUCUCCUCAGCAGCAGGUCCUGCACCUGCUGAGGCUGUGGAGAGAGCAGAACAAGGACAAGUUGUACGGCAUCAUACAAGGUGUGAACCACUGUGAGCGAAAGGUCUCCCGCUGCAAUGCUCUAAAGAACCUGACCAUAGACGACCUCAUGAAAGUGACUAACAGCCUGCCGGGAGUAAAGGUCCAGGAGCAGGAUGUGAAGGCCGUGGUCUCCACCUGCCUGCCCAGGCAGUACCUCCUGCAGAUCCUCCACCUGUGGAAAUCUGCAAACUACAACCUGGAUCUAGCCAAAGGUCUGACUCGUAGUCUGAGGGUGCUGCGCAGCCAAGAAGCGCCGCGGUAUCUCGUCAGAAGCCUCAAGAAAAUCAGCCGCAUCAUAGGGACCACGUCAGCGCACAAGAAGUACGAGAAGAUGUUCAUGAGCAUGUUCCAAGAUGAGUCGUGCUUUAAAGCUCAUAAGCAGCUAAACGAAUGAGGUCAUGAGAUGCGCAAACAUGAAACUAUGCAGUCCACAGCAUUUCAAAAACACAAAUGCAUUAUCUGACUGAAAACACGUGAAAAGAUACAUAAGAAGCAAAAGAACACAGCAGCCAUUGGACAGAGAAAAAGUCAUUUGUGAGAGAACGUUGUGAAUGAGGAAAUACCAAGCAAAGCACAUUGAGUACAGAAAAAUAAGGAAAGCAUACAGAAAGUAAAUUUUUUUGUUGAUCUUCAAAUAAUACCACAGGCAAAUAUUGUCAUCCAGAAUCUAAAGUAUCAAUGUGUAGGGAUGAAUCUAAUUAUCCUGAAACAGGAAGAAAAGAACUCCCGCAGCUAAUGUGUUCUCACAUCUGUUUCCUAGAAACAUUUUUUCUUUCCUUUUUUUUUACCAGAGUCUGUUGAAAAUUAAGAUCUAGUUAAGAUGUAAACAAGAGGCUGCUUCACAAAAAAAGGUUGAAGAUUCUGAUUUGUACUAUUAGAGCUUUCUCGCUGUUUGAGAGCAAGAAUUUGAUUUCAUAAUGAAAUACAUUUAUUUUACUCAGCUGUCCAUUUUUAUUUGUUCUGGACUGCUACAAAGUAAAGCUGGUUUGUUUUACAUUUAUUUUUUUGGGUCAGUUAUAUGAAUGUAUAAAGGAGUGCAAUUGAGUGUUUUCUUUAUUUAAAGUGUAAUUUUACUUUCUUAAAGUGUAAAAGCUUGUUUUUAUAAUUUUUUAUCGUAAAUACUGGAUUCUGAAAUGCUGCAAGUCCCUGAAGUGAUAUUUUUUUAUGUUUUGUUUUGUCACUUUUAUAUUGGAAGUGGAUGGUCUA